AUGAUAUCCAAAUUUACACAAGAUGCUGGGAAGAAGGAAUCCGUAGCUAGCAUCAAGAAGAUGUUCUCCGAUGAGGUCGUUGGGGAGCUUCCAACUCGAUUGCUAACGUUCCUUGAGCUGUUGGGCCAGGAGGAAGAACCCUAUGGCGGAAUGUCCUCGCUACAGCUCAUUAUCCGAGAAGCUCUUGCCAGUGAAAAUGCCAAAUCAAAACUGCACGCCUCCCAAGUUGAUGGCUAUCUGUUUUCGCCACGGCUAAACCCUCCUUCAGCUUUUCACUCAUCAUCGUGUGCAUCGAGCUCAACGUCAACGCCCGUCACACUCAAGAUAAAGGUAUGCAUUGUGGCUGGCGAUCAGGUUGGAACAAGAAAAGUUGUUGAGAACAACUGGGAGCCCAAGUGGGGAGAAGAGUUCACUUUCACUUCUGUGAACCUUGGAGCUGAUAUUCUUAAGAUCGAGGUAUACGAUUGCGACAAAGGGGAAGAUCAAUUUGCAGGGAUGGCUCGUAUGUUUUUGGGCCAGCUUAGAUUGGGAACGCGCUCAGUGCCACUGCGCCAUGAUAAACAUGAGAACGCUAUCACAUCCACUUCAUUACUGAUGCGAUUCACGGUAGUAUGA